AUGGGGGAGUCCGGCAGCCCCGCACUCCAGGCUGUUCUCUUCGAGCCGUUCCCCAGCAGCACCGUACCGAGCCCAGAUCCCCCGUUCGCCCUCUCAGAGCAGGCUCCCGCCCUGGAGAAGGGCUUUGAGGAGUGGGCAGUCAGCGGGGGCAGCGGGCUGAACGACAGUGAGCCCGAGGACUUCCUCAACGUGCUCAUCAACCCCAACGAGGUGUACAGCCCGGGCAGCGACAGCGGCAUCUCGGACGAGCCCAGCUCGGCCAGCCCCCAGCCCGGCGAGGGGGCCCCCGCCGCCUUCUGUGACCAGAGCGCCCCCCUCCACAGCGACGUGGUCUCCAUCCAGCUGGGUGACUGGUCGUCCCCCCUGCUGAUCCCUGACGCCUGCAUCGUGAAUGAGCUGCCGUCUGCACCCCCGUCCGCCCUGGCCAGGCCUGGCACGGUGCCCAUGGUGAGCACUGGGGACAGGCAGGCAGCUGUGGCCCUGCAGCUGCAGUUCCCGGAUCUGUUCCUGACGGACGAGGAGAAGCGGCUGCUCUCGCAAGAGGGGGUGUCCCUGCCCAGUAACCUGCCCCUCACCAAGGCCGAGGAGCGUCUCCUGAAGAAGGUGCGGAGGAAGAUCCGGAACAAGCAGUCGGCCCAGGACAGCCGGCGGCGGAAGAAGGAAUACAUCGACGGGCUGGAGAACCGGGUGGCAGCAUGUUCAGCCCAGAACCAGCAGCUGCAGAAGAAGGUGCAGGAGCUGGAGAAACACAAUUUGUCUCUGCUGGGCCAGCUGCGAAAGCUGCAAGCGCUGAUCAAACCCACGUCCAGCAAGGCAGCGCAGACCAGCACCUGCGUCCUGAUCCUGAUCUUCUCCCUGGGACUCAUCAUCUUCCCCAGCUACAGCCCCCUGCGCAGGGGGGCGCGGGGCAGCCAGGACGGCUACCAGCCCACCGGAGUGAUCUCCAGGAACAUCCUGAACCAGGGGGAGUUCUCAGAACUGGCCGAAGCCCCCGGCCCCCAGGAGCCGCCGGCCCCAGAGCCUGAACCACCCGUGGGGGAGCAGCUGGGGCCCGAGGCCGCGGCGGAGGAUGGAGUGGAAGGGGCAGAUGGGAGCCAGAAGAAGGGCACAAACACGUCCGCUCAGACCCAGCUGGAGCAGCCGGCGGCUCCCAUGGGGCUGCCCCAGGGGAACGGACCCGGAGCCAGCAGGGACGCAGCUAACUGGAGCAGCUGCAGGACGUGCUGGAGAAACUGCAGAGCAAGAGGAUUUCCACCUGGGAGAAGAAAUAUAACCAAGUCCCCCAGUGCUCCAUCGGCCAGGUCUGCGCCGUGA